GGGGUUUAAAGAGACCGAUCUGUGGGCUGGAACGCUGACCGUGGAGCGACUUUUCUUUGGGGGAGAUGCAGUCUCCUUCGAAGAGAUGGAGCCACUCUGUAAUCUCUUGUAUGCGAAGAGCUCUGUGCAGCCGACGACACUCUGUCUGGAUCCUCCUGGUCUUGGUUUUAGUCUGCAUCGCCUUCCAGACUUUUGUAGCUCGACAGGCCAGACAUGACAAAGUGUCCAGAGUGGCUCUCCAUCAGUUCACUGUGAACAAACCACAGUCUUUUUCUCUGGACUACAUCUUGGGAAACUUCUGGUCCAACUCUGAACUGAACCCUGAGCCACUGAAAACUGAAGAAGUCAACUCACAACUGCAAAACUCUGCCAUAACAAUCAGCCAUUUCUCAACCAAAAGGAACAGCAAAAAUACUGUCACAAAAUCUAGAUAUACAUCAACAAGCAAACAUUUACCAUUUUCAUCUAUUGACAGAAAAUGCAGAGCAGAGACUCACAUAGUUUUCCUGAAGACCCAUAAAACAGCAAGCAGCACCAUUUUGAAUAUUUUGUAUCGUUUUGGAGAAAGCAAAAACUUGACUUUCGCACUGCCGUUGAACAAAAACAGCCAGUUGUUUUAUCCUUUCUUCUUUGCACCUCAUUUUGUGGAAGGAGUGAGCAGCCACCACUUCAGCGAGUUUCACAUCAUGUGCAACCACAUGAGGUUCAGGAACUCUGAGGUUGCCAAGGUGAUGCCCCGCGACACCUUCUACUUCUCCAUCCUGAGAAAUCCCGUCUCGAUGAUGGAGUCCAUAUUUAUUUACUACAAAAGCAUUCCAGCUUUCCACGGCAAACGGUCACUGGACGAUUUCCUCAACUCCAGCAGAACUCAUUACAACGGAUCUAUUGUCAAUAACCACUAUGCACACAACAUCCUCGCGUUUGAUUUCGGUCUCAACAAUAAUGUAACUUUUGAGUCCCCAGAUCUUAAUAAGCAAGUUUUAAAUGCUAUUUCUGCCAUUGAACGCGACUUCCAUCUCAUUCUUAUUUCUGAGUAUUUUGAAGAGUCCAUGGUUUUGCUCAGGCACUCCCUCUGCUGGUCUUUAGAGGAUGUUGUUUCUUUUAAAUUGAACAGCCGAAGUGACCACACACGGCAUAAACUUUCCCCGGAAACUGCAGACAAAAUAAAAAAGUGGAAUGCUCUGGAUUGGAAAAUUUACCUGCACUUUAACGCUACUUUUUGGCACAAAUUGGACACUAUAAUCGGACAACAACAGCUAGAAAAAGAAGUCACUGAACUGAGAGCUCUACAGACUAAACUAGCAGGUAUUUGUCUUAAAGAUGGCGGUGCUGUGGAUCCUUCGAAAAUAAAAGACGCUGGUUUAAAGCCUUUCCAGUAUGGAGCGGCAGUCAUACAAGGAUACAACUUGAAUCCAGACAUGAACAAUCAAACCAGAGCCAAGUGUGAGCAGUUGAUCAGGCCUGAAUUGCAGUACACAGAUAAACUUUACAUUCAGCAGUUUCCAGAAAAGGCCCAGUGGCAUAAACAGGGUCUCAACACAGGACAUGUGUGGCCCAGAGACCACAGACACUUUGUGAAACGCAGAUUCACUCAUUUAAAAAUGCCUCAAAGUGCCCUUAGUCCACACAACAAAACCACUGAGCCCUGAGCUGUAAGAGGACUUUAAAUAUUCAGUGAUCAGACAUAACAUUAUGACCACCAAUCAUUGCUACUUAAUGCUUUUCUUAAAUUGUGGUGCCAAAAUAGUAGGCCAGAAAAUAUUUAUUUCAGUUGGUUUGCUUUGGAUUGGAUUGGUGUGAUCCAUAAGUGUUUCCAUUGUUCUAAGCAAACCGUACCGGCCUUUGUACCUUUCAAAGCAGUCUGGGCUCCGUGGUCUGCUUAAGCUAAGGAGGAGCUAAGAAGCUACAUACAUAGUACAGAAAGAUGACUGGAAGAGAUAAGGCAGACUCAGGCAAAAAUAAGAUGGCAAAAAACAGAUAUAAGCAGAAAAUAAUAAUUUCUGAAUCUAGCUAAAAAAGAGAUGUUAAAAAUUGAACAGAGACCUAAAAUAAAUGCAAAAAAGCUGAUGAUAAACCAGAAGUAGUCUUGUGUUCACUCUAGCUUUAGUCUCACAGCACCACAAACUUGGAAUUACUAAAUAUCUUUUUAUGAAAUGCUUAGAUUGGCCUUAUGAUUAAAAAGUAUAUUUCAGACAGAAUUUAGAUUUAUUUUUAAGAAAACGUUAUGAGUUGUGAUCCAGAGCCAUGUCGUGUAGACACAAUUCAGUUGGAGGUGACCCCACCAAACUGGCCCAAGGCCCAUCGAAACAUGGCUACUGGAUCAAAAAUCUUAUUUUUGGUAAUGCUGUUGUCUUCACAAUUGUGAGAUAGGAUCAGUGCCUUAGACAUACACUGCCUUAUUGUAUGACUGCCUUGCUUUGUUUUUUUUCCUACAAAUCCGAAAGAAAGACCACUACUUUUUACUGAAUCUCCUCACCCAAUGUUGACAUCUACUUGCACAUACACUGAUGUUUGAGCAUUUCAGUUGAAACAAAAGGUAUUUUGAAAACAGUUUCUGAAUUUUGAGGUGGUCAGAAUGUAUUGACUGAACAAUGCAAAACUGCAGUUCCAAGUGUCUGUUUAAAGACAUGUUUUUGGAAACAUAUUUGGUACUACUUUAUAAUAACUACACCUUAAUUAGACUUAAUAAAGCAUCGACAAAGACUUAAUUCAUUUGAAAAUAUAUUUAAUUAAGAAUUACUUAGGCUUAGUAAGUACUUAAAAAUGAUUUAUAGUUAGUGUAUUAAUUUAAUAGUUAUUAAGCCUGAAAAAUUCUUGCAUUCUAUGCAAAAUUGAUUUUUUUGAGUUAUAACGACAUUAUAUGUCAUAAUGUAAUUCCCUCGUCAAAAACAUGCCUGAAAAGGUUUUAGAUGUCAUCCAUGUAUGCUUCCCCGUGAUACAAAAUUGUACAUAGCAAACUGACAAACCUGAUGCAAUGUGCAGUAGCCUCGUUAUCAGGAUACACGCUGAUUGUGUUGUGAAAACGCUUUGAGAGAGAGUGACUUGAUAACUUUGCAAAGGGAGGGAGACUCAGAACGUCAAAAACAAGAGUGAAACUUCUAAAACAUGUUAAUACAUUAAUACCUAGUAUAGCAUUUUCAAAACAGUGAUAGGUAGCAUGGUGAUCUAAAUACCAGUUAAUACCCCAUAGUAAGUAAAAUACUCCCUCUUUAAUAAACUAUUUGUUCAUUAUGAAUUCAAUAUUUGUUCAUGCUUUAUUAAGGCUAAUUCAAGUGUAGUUAUUAAGUGUUAACAUAUUUUGUAUUUCUUGUGGCACUUGAAGGAAAACUAUUUUAUGUUUCAUGGCAGCUCAGAACUAAACUAUAUAUUCACCAAAGGAAAGACCAAAUGAACUGAAACUCAUUGCUUCAAAUCCAAAGAUCACUGCUCCACUUGUUACCUCUCAUGGGUUUUUGUCCAAUCUUACCACUUAUGUUUUGGAUUUUCUGUAAAUUCUUGUAUCAUGUUUUAUGUCUCAAGUCUUAACCAUAGAGUUCUGUACACAUUUUCACUGUGUUUUAGUUUGAUUCAAGCUACUGUUAAUAAAU